AAGAUGGUUUGAGUAACUUUAGAUCCGCCAAACUCUGGCGUGUCGCCUCGUCAUCAGUACUAUGGGGUUGGCCUUUGGGAUUAUCAAGGUUCUUGCAAGAAACCUUCAUGUUAUCAACCAAAAGCCACUCAAUUUUAGCUUGGUGAAGAAAAUGGAAACUGGUUCUCACGAACAAGGAAUUUCACAUUCAUUGGCUGUUGAUGAAUCUAUGACAGAAAUGGCUUCUGGGAAUUUCGGAUGCUCGCAUUAUAGAAGGAGAUGCAAAAUUAGAGCACCUUGUUGUGAUGAGAUAUUCGAUUGCAGGCACUGCCACAAUGAUUCAAAGAAUUCGUUGGAAGUUGAUCCACUCAAACGGCACGAUGUUCCUCGCCAUGAUAUAAAAAGGGUCAUUUGCUCAUUAUGUAACACAGAACAAGAUGUUCAACAAAUAUGUGUUAAUUGUGGGGUUUGUAUGGGGAAGUACUAUUGCUCAAAAUGCAACUUCUUUGAUGAUGAUGUUUCCAAGGAUCAAUACCACUGUGAUAAAUGUGGAAUCUGCAGAUGCGAGUGCUGUUAUUCAAAUCUGAUGAAGGAAUCACAUAUUUGUGUAGAAAGAGCAAUGCACCAUAAUUGCCCUGUUCGCUUUGAGGCAAGCGCUAAAUUUGAGGAAAAACGAAAUUUUAGAAGGUGUUCAUAUUAUGAUAUGUCUCGUGUUUGGGAAAAACUAGACCAGGAGGUUGCAUCAACACCUAUGCCUGAAAUGUAUCAAAAUAAGAUGGUUUUGAUUCUUUGCAGUGAUUGUGGGAAAACAUCAGAGGUUAACUUCCAUAUUGUCGCACGUAAGUGCCCUAACUGUAAGUCCAAUAACACAAGGCAGACGAGAGGAGGCCCCGGUUCAUGCUCAUCUAGCAUUGAAGAAAUGGUUAGCUGAGGUUUAAGGUUCUUAAAUUAAAUGGAGACCUAAGAGUUGCAUUCUGUUUCCUGUUGCUGUUGUCAAAUGUCAACCACCGAUCGUUGUAUCAAUGUUCAAGGCAAGUUUAAGGCAACAUCAUUUGGAGGUUGUUGAUUUAGCUGUGGACUGUGGAUCUUUUGGCUUUAUCCUGUACAACAACAAUAACUACGCUUAAAUCCCAAAUAAAUUGGGAAACCGAAGUGUAUUGAAAAUUGGGAUGGUUUGGUUCAUUGGCCCAACAAUACCCUGGGAUUAGGUUCAAUUCUAGUCUAGAAUUAGAAAGAAGACCAAAUAGUCUAAGGCUUGUUAGUGAGCUAGUCUAACCAAAAAUCCUUCAGCCAUUUUUAAAUAAUUAGAUCUUUUCUUAUUUUCAUCCUAAAUUGCAAAUUUUAUUGCUUUU